GGAAGCAAUCACUGCGAUAAUUAUUAUCGAGAUAUUUUUAAAGAUUAAUUGAGCAAGUGCUGCAUGUUAUCUGUUCAGUUGUUGCACUUGCUUGAAGCGAUUUUUUUUUUCUAAAACCUUCCAAUCCAUAUUGCGGCCGCAAAGGAAAUAAUAUUGUGUUAGUUAAUUCUUUCUCGAAAGUGAUUUUCGUAGCAUUAUUUAAAAUUUUUGCAAUUGUUUGUUGUGAAGAAAUCUCCGUGCAUAGCUAAAUCCUGGAGGUAUACAUUGGCUCAAAAGUGAAGAAUUUGGUCAAAUCAUAUAGUGUUUUUGGUUCAUUGUAAAUAAGAAGUUUCUAAAUGUGAUUCGAAGAAUUGAAUAUUUACUUGAAAAAUAAUUCUUUCAUAUGUUGUAUUUCAUUGUGUUUCAUGCGAAUGUAAUAAAAGAAAAUUAUUUGGAUAACUCAAUCUUAUACUUAAGUGAAUAAAAGGAGUUACAUAACUUAACAUUAAACUACUAAAUGUUCGAAUGCAUUUAUUAAAUCAAAUUCAUGAGGUAAAAAAAGGCCAAAAGUUCAAAAUAAAUUAUAUAUAAUGUCAGAUCUGGAACGAAUAAGACUGGUAAUACUAGGUGGCGCUGGAGUAGGAAAAAGUAGUAUACUAAAGCGUUUCCUAUUUAAAACGUAUACAGACAAAUAUCGAUCAACUGUAGAGGAUUUAUACAACAGAGAAUAUGAAGUUGGUGGCGUAACAUUAAAGGUUGACAUUCUGGACACUUCAGGAGAUAUGCAGUUUCCUGCUAUGCGUCGUCUUUCCAUAGCAACAGCAAAUGCUUUCUUGCUCGUUUAUGCGACCACAUCUUCCCCCAGUUUUCUAUGUGUGAAACAAUGUUUUGAGGAGAUCCGUGAACAGAGAGCCGAUUUCCAAGACAUACCUAUUGUAAUAGCUGGUAACAAAUCGGAUCUAUCAUUAUCUCAUCGAGAAGUGAGGUUGGAUGACGUGACCGAUUGGGUGAAUUGUGAACUUCCGAAAAUAAGAACCAAGGUGUUAGAGUGUUCAGCGAAAGAUGACUACAACACAACAGAACUAUUCAAAACUCUACUUUCACUCUCCAGGUACCUGCCAUUAGGUAAAAAUGAGGGCACAUCUGGUCUUAAACGAAGAUCAUCAGCGUAUGUUAGUGCAUCGUCAAGCAGAAACAAGAAUCGCACCGCCAGCCCAUCCAUUUCUAACGACAAAAAAAAUAACCAAUCAACAAUUGGUGAAGCUGAUACUGGAGUUAGUGGAGAAUCCAACUUUAAACCAAGAUCAAGGUCACUUAUUCGAAGAGCAUCUAGAAAAACAAAACAACAAAUAAACAAUGCUGCAGGCGAUGACUGUAACGUGCAAUGAGUUUUUGUCAUCUAUAAUAAAUAAACGACAAUUUCUCACUUUACUCAUAAAAUAUAAGAAUAACUUUUAAAAAAAUGUUGAAUUGGAUAAGUGUCUUGACAAUUCCACAGUCCAGAAAUUAAAAAAAUACAAUUUUUCAUUGUUAUUACAUACAUAAAUGUACAUGUAAUUGUGAAAAUUAGACUCCAAAUUGGAUUUUUUGUCACUAACUUGACUUAUGUUUAAC